GGAUUCUUCUAUUAUGCCACCAAGACUUUGAAAAGUCUAUUAGAACUAAAGUGGAUAAAAGUGGACAAAUCUCAGAAUGACCACAGGCUCAGUGAUUUUCAGCCCAAAUGGUGCUCCAGACUCUAGUACUUACUCCUAUAGCACCCGCCCCCGAGUUGUGCCCUCUAGAAAACGUUUUUCUUGUCUUAAUUUAAUGUAUUUCAGUGAAGAAUACCCAGUCUGCUAUGGGAAUCUCAUGUAUGACAGAAGAGUGGUUCGAGGCAACACAUAUGCUCUUCAGUCAUUACCUUGGUGCCCUACUGAAACUGAUCCUGUUGAGAUUCAGAAGCAACGAGAAGCCCACCGGAAAAUGCUUGCCAGAAAGCGAUCAAAGGAAGAGAGCGAAAUCCAUGCCCCUCAGGUUGAGGUUCCCCACCUCCGGACCGAUGUGCAGACAGAAUUGUACCUGGAAGAGAUUGCAGACCGCAUUAUCGAAGUUGAUAUGGAAUGUCAAACAGAUGCAUUCCUGCAGAGACCAGACACCCCCUUGUUCGUUCCAGCAAAAACUGGGGCAGAUGUAGCUACGCAAAUAGAAGAAGGAGAGCUCUUUGACUUCGAUAUUGAAGUCAGACCAAUUGUUGAAGUUUUAGUUGGAAAAACCGUGGAGCAAGCUUUGCUGGAAGUCACGGAGGAAGAAGAGCUGGCCAAUCUUCAGGCGCACCAGUUCGGAUAUCAUGAACUGCGCAACGCAGAGCUGGCUGAAGUACAGCGCCUUGAACAACAAGAGACACGACGAAAGGAGGAAAAGGAACGCCGUAAAGCGCAGCAGGUCAAAACAAAUACAAAGUCGGCAGAAGUCAAGCAGAGAAUUUCAUCUCGAGCCUUUUCUCUGCAAUACUUGUCGAACCUCAUUCCUUCAGUCUUUAAUGAUCUUCAUAAUAAGGGUUUCUUCUUCGAUAUCAUAGAAAGAGAUAUUGAGAAAGAUUUCCUUCCAUAUGUGAUGGGCAGCGCAGUAAAAAGAAUGGCGUCGAACCAGCUAGGAAGAAUAAUGACUGACAGUAAGUUAAUAGAAAUAAGUUUCUGA